CCGCAUUUCUAUACUAUCAAGAUGCCUCCAGCUCAAGGCCCCGGCCAACCUCGCCCUUUAGCAUUCCCAUUCGUUUUUGCCGUCAUUUUUCCUCUAUUCCGCCUCCUCUUUUCUCUGACGCCGAUAACGCAACCUCAAGACUUUAACCUUCUCACUCCAAAAUCGAUCGAUACUUUGGGAGACAAGCCAUCAGCACUCAUAGUUACUGCGCACCCGGAUGACGAAGUCAUGUUCUUUAGCCCCACUAUCCUGGGCCUGAUUGGUGCAGGAUGGGAUGUAAAGGGAUUAUGUCUCUCCACUGGAAAUUCAGAAGGACUAGGGCAAAAAAGGAAAGAAGAGUUCAUCAAGAGCUAUGAAGCAUUGGGUAUUCCAGCAGAAAAUCUUGAAAUUACUGAUCACCCUGAUCUUCCAGAUGGCUUGACAACCAAAUGGAAUACUACACUCGUCUCCACGAUCAUCCAAGACAGCCUUUUCUCUCAUCCUGUGGAUAUCAUUGUCACAUUCGACCCGAAAGGUAUCACCUCUCACCCCAAUCACGUUACCCUUCCAUCUUCACUCGCCCUUAUCCCGGCCGAGCGCCGUCCACGGGUACUAGCCCUUCAAUCUCCUGACAUCUUGCCCAAGUUCACCGGCCCUCUAUACAUCAUAUACCUCCACAUUCGAACCCUCUUCUUCUCUCCACAGUUCCAGCGAGCAUUCCAAUUCCUCUUCCCUAGCUUCAACACCUUCUUCGGGACCGAAAAUGCUAAAGGGACGCAGACGCAUGUGAUGAUCAAUGAUUUGAGAGGAUGGGCCAUCGGUCUGAAGGCGAUGAUGGCGCAUAAUUCGCAACUUGUCUGGUACAGGUACCUUUACCUUGCUUUCUCAAGACUGAUGUGGGUAAACGAGCUUGUUGAGGUUACUUAUUAAAGACCAAGAAGGCAUAUGGAUACAUGGAUGUACUGGAGUGACUAUGAAAAUACAUGUCAAAGAGAUCGCCCACUGAUUGACACACGACACGUCUCAGAUAGCAGGACCACUUACAGUCUCAAUGAACUGUUUCACGUCGCCACAAGGAUCUUUUCUGAGCAUAAAACUUUGAGUAAGCUGGAACAAAAUCAAUUUAUCAUUUCAAGGCUUUCCUUCACAUACGCCCAACCCAGACAGAAGUAUAGGAAGGGGGAUGUACUCGCCCGUCUUUGUUAACAACCUUGUCCCAAUAUCAAUCCACAAGCGCUCAUCCCGUAUGACCAUGCUCAAUUUGUUCGCUAGGCGCUCCUCAAUGUGAAAUCGUAAUCAAAAUUCCUUUUUCACGUCAUGCAUUGACAUAC